AUGGAAAGACCUCAAGACUUCCCCAAGGCUCUGGCUGUUCUGGCCGGUAUCUCUGGAUUCCUCUUCAUCGUUCCUCCGGCCAUUGGAUUCAGAUAUCUCGGACAAUAUGCUACCGCGCCUGCAUUCGGAAGUCUGGGAGUGGUGGCUUACAAGAAGGCUUCAUUUGCCUUUGUCAUUGUGCCUACACUGGUCAUUGGAGUAAUCUACGCCAACGUCUCUGCCAAAUUCGUCUAUCACCGUAUCAUGGGUAAGUCUCGCCAUGCGCACUCCAACACUGUUAUCGGUUGGGGAGUCUGGGUUGCCGUCAUGGCAGGAAUCUGGCUUAUUGCUUUCAUAUUUUCCGAGAUUGUGCCUAGCAUGGGAGACUUNUUGAGUCUCUUGGGCGCAGCUUUCGAUUCUUUCUUUGGAUUUAUUUUCUUUGCUGUGGCGUACUGGCAGAUGUACAGUGGCAAGUUGUUCAGCAAUGCGUCGAGGAGCGUCAUGACUGUUACUCAUGUGUUUAUCAUGAUUUGUGGGCUGUUCUUGUUGGGACCGGGGUUGUAUGCCGCUGUCGAGGCCAUCAUCUCUGAUUACUCGGGUGGCACUCGUCCUGCCUUUGCUUGUGCAAAUUUGUCGAUCUGA